AUGUCGCUGCAGCGCCGUUUGAAGGAGGAUGAAGCCAAGACACCUAAGGUGCAGCCAACGAAGCCACGCAAAUCCAUGGCAACGAAAGCCGAGAGGACUCCGCAAGUUUUGAAGGACUUGGAAAACAAGGUGACGGCCUUGUGGAGACAGGGCAAUCGCCUGCGCAAUGAGGGACGUAACAAGCGCUACCAGUUGAAGCAGCUCGCGGAGCAGAACGUGGGUCGUACCAACUUCCAGGGCGUCAUUGCACGCAGGAAUUUGCUGGAGAAGCAGCACCAAGAGCUGCAGAAGAGGUACCUGACCUUGGUGCAGAACCAUGGUGAAGCCUUGAAGAAGUGGCAGAACGAAGGGGGUGUCGUCACCGCGCCACCUCAUCAUCCCAUGUCCAGCUUUACUGAGGAGCUGCGCACCAUCGGCAGCAGCGAAAGUCGUCGUUUGCAGGACAUGCCACAACAGGUGCAGCUGGCGUGUACCGGCUCAGAUUGCGCCACCCAGUCCGGCUUGUGCGAUGCCUUCUUCAAUCGUGGCGGAGUGGCACAACAGUUGGUGGAUACGCUGGUCAGCAGCUUCAGCUACGAUCUCUUGCCCUGGGAGAGCGGGGACAAGAUUUGUCAACAAAUGGCGGAGAUUUGCUACAUGUCUUUGGAUGCAGCUGAAACGGCCAUCGUCCAAGGGGUCUAUGAUAAUACGUUCACACCACCGUGGGUGGAUCAGUGGUGCGAUGGCUGGGCGGAUAUGGCAAAUUGUGAUGCCUCCACCCAGUGCAGCUCUUGCUCCGACCUCACAUCUGCCGUGGACUACAACACCUGCGAAGGCUGCUGCCAAUGCCUCGACGAUGUCAUCGGCUACUACGCCAGACUGAAACACAGUUGGAGUAUCCCCGAAGCCAAGUGCCUCGGUCUGGCUCGGCCUGGCUGUGGUGACGAUCGGCAACCUGUUGGAAAACUGGGCCUCUUGGUGAAUCAAGGGCUGGAUCUCACCAAAUUGGGAUUUCCAGUGUUCACCGGUGCUAAAUUCUUCCGUUCCUACAAUGUGAGGAAGGAUGCGUGGAUCCACUAUGAUGAGAAGUUGCUGGGUGGUGAAGGUGCCUGUUCCAUGCAUGUAGAUGUGUGGCAGUUGAUUCCAGAAGUUUGCCAUGAUCCAGAGUGCUAUCAAAGUGAGGAGUGUUCCAAGCAAUGUUUCCGUCCAGAGGCUACCAAGGAGAUGUGUCCAUCCCCCUUCACGUGGAGCUUCUUUAAGUCAACCCGCGAGUGGCGUCCCGGCAUGCUGGCCACCCAGAGUACCUGCGAGGUGGAGAGUUGCUAUCCUCAACCUUGGAUCCCCACCGAGGCAGAGUGUAAAACGGUGAGCCACUGCGAGUCCGAUUGCCCCUACUGCGAGACGGAUCAAUUCUGGGAUUGGGAGAUGAAGAAGACGAUGGUGGGAACAUAUCAUGACCGAAGGGACGAAGGGACCGAUCUCCGUAACACAUGA